CACUGACAAAUGCCUUACACGAAUUGACAUUCAAUGUGUAAUUUUCUGCUUGAAUUUGACUGUUGCGAACAUUCGUGGCUGCUCAUGAAGGAUACUUCUUUAAAUAAUUCUACCAGUUGUCUGUAAAUUUUAUUAGCUCGAUGAGCGACAUGCAUAAAAAAACUUCUCUUUGUCUGAUCUCUAUUUCAGAGUCAAAAGUUAUGAGAUGAAGGAGGUAAACGUCGCGUUUAAUCCGCGUGUUGUGCGCUUAUCGUGACUAACAAGUCGCUUUAUCGCAAUGAUCGUCCACGAUUAAUUAUGGAGAAACGGAUUGCCGGUAGCAAAGAGGGCCGGCAUGUCCUCCAAUAUUAUGUUGCCAAGCAAAACUCCAUUCUGACGCGUAUGUCAGGCGAAUGCGACAAAAAUCUUAAUACGUUGCGUCUUGGCAUGCUCGUAGAGGCACUCGAGGAUCUGGGAGACAGUGCACUCAGAGUGCGUGUCAAUGACACGACAGGAUCAGAAAUUUGGCGUGGCACAGAAUGGCGAUGUCACAGAUAUGACUUGAUUCCUGUUUCAUCAGAGGUAUGGAAAUUUUUACCCGCAGUCUCCGUACCUCAAGAAAGAGUUCACUUAGCCAAUCACAAACUCUUAUGCAAAGAGCUCACCAGCCUGAUGAUGGAUGAUACCAUUUGGUAUUGUCCUGAUCCUCAGGGAUACACCAAAUACCUGGCUGUUAUUAAAUAUAUUGGACCUGUGCCAGAACUCGGUCAAGGAUAUUACUUUGGUCUUGACUUGUUGGAUGGUCAAGAAUCAUCAAAAACAGCCUUACUAAGCAAGGAAUACUUUGUUUCUAAACAUUCAGAAGGAAGAUUCGCUACAUUGAGUAACAUUUUCCCAUUAAAGCCUGAGGGUCCCACAGGUCUUGGAAACUCGGAUAAAAAUGUCUUCUUAAAAACAGACUCGGGAAAUAAUUAUACAAACGAAAAAAAAAAGUCUGUGUUGGACUCCACACCACCUGUCCUUUUAGAAAAAUUUGCUAUUUUCGAUGACAAUAAAAACAAUAACAGAGAUCAACGACCUUUGUCAAACGAAUAUCUUCAGUCUCCAAAAUCAAUGACACUAGAAAAUGACAGCAAUGUAACUAAAAACACAAAUAUCCAUGUGUAUGCACAAUCUGGUAGUACAUCAGAGAAAAAUGAAAAUAAAAAGUGUGGACGAGUAGAAAACACAGAAUUAAUCGUGGGUUCUAAUGUAAAAAUUCUGUUGGACUCUGAUGUACACUAUGGAGUCAUUCGUUGGAUUGGAACCCCUCCUGGUAUUACUCCUGGUAAAUUAAUAGCAGCUGUAGAACUGGAUGAUGGUCAUCCAUCAGGUACAGAUGGAACAUAUAAAGAUGUAAGAUAUUUUCAUUGUCGUCCUUACAGAGCUGUUUUCAUAGACCUCGAUCAAUGUUCUCGUUACGAUACGAUGGUUACGAUGUCACAGAAAAAAGAAAACGUUGACGAUCCCUCAACGCCAAUAAAUACAGAUAAUUUUGGCAACAUGGAAAGCUCUGUGAUUGUCGGAAUGGUCCGCCCAAUUUCCGUUAAAGGAAAUCUGAAAAACAUUUGUGGAAAAUAUAGAGGAAUACAAGGGCAUCACAAUUCGUGUUACUUGGACGCCACUCUUUUUAGCAUGUUUACAUUUACUAGUGUAUUUGAUAAUCUCUUAUUUAGACCACCAAACGAGAAAGACUGUCCGCAAUAUGAAGAAGUGCAAAGGGUAUUACGCGAAGAAAUAGUAAAUCCUCUUAGAAAAAAUAUGUUUGUCAGAGCAGAUCAUGUAAUGAAACUUCGAACGUUACUUGAAAAAUUGUCCUCCGUAUCUGGGCUUACCAGUGAAGAGAAAGAUCCUGAAGAAUUUUUAACAUCACUGGUAGCACAAAUUUUAAACGCUGAGCCGUUUCUUAAGCUAAGUUCUGGGCAGGAUGCAUAUCACUAUCAACUUUUCGUUGAGAAGGACGAUCAUUUGAAUCUUCCAACUGUACAACAACUAUUAGAACAAAGUUUUCUUACAAGUAACAUAAGAUUAAAGGAAGUCCCAUCGUGUCUCAUUAUACAAAUGCCUCGAUUCGGAAAGUCGUUCAAAAUGUAUCAAAAGAUACAACCUACUCUGUUACUCGAUGUAACGGACAUUAUUGAAGAUUCACCCAGGCAAUGUACAAUUUGUGGAAAAUUAGCCGAGUUUGAAUGCAAAGAAUGUUACGGACAAUGCGGUGUUGGGCUUGAAAGUAUUGCCUUCUGUUUGCAGUGUUUAGAAAAGGUACAUCGUCACGAACGAAGAACGAAUCAUGAGCCAAAGAAGCUCGUAGUACCAAUGGAAUUUGCUAUCUUGCAAGAACAUUGUCCUGUUCCACGAUUAUACUUGGAAUUAUCAGCAGUUGUUUGUAUCGAAACGUCUCAUUACGUGUGUUUUGUGAAAUGUGGUUCAGGUUCGGAAGCACCGUGGUGUUUUUUCGAUUCCAUGGCUGAUAGAAAAGGAGAACAAAAUGGUUACAACAUACCAGAAAUGGUUCCAUGUCCUGGUUUUCCAUAUUGGCUAAGCGAAGAAGGCGGUCAUUAUCUAACUGAAUUAACUGACGACCGUCACUUACCGGAGCAUGCGAAACGACUCUUGUGCGACGCCUACAUGUGCAUGUAUCAAUCACCAGACGUUAUGAUGUACAAAUAAGAUCAAUUGCUUAGUAACUUAGGUAAGUUAGGUUUACAGUCAUUACUCAACAACAAAUUUGGGUAUAACGUUUGUGCUGUAUUUAUUGAAUGUUCACAAACUGAUGCGACAAACACGAUUAUUAGCAAAGACAUUUAUUUAUAAAUGAGAAUUAAAGACAAGAAGGGUGUAAGAUUGGACUACAUCGAUUUAUAAAGUUUAUUGAAAUGCUAACAGACAAAUGUGUAGUUUUAAAGAAACUAAAGUUAUACAUAUGUUAUAGAAAUUGCCUCGUAAUCACUGUUUUUCUUUAAUCCGAAACCUAAUCUAAUGCAACCACAGUGCUGUCUUUUUUAGUUCAUGAGAGGUAUAAUAUAUAUUAUACAUAUUCAUCAGUGAAAUAAAAUUAAGUUUCCAGUCUAAGCAAAAGUAUUAGAAAAGUCUACUAUCCUAUACUAAAAUUGAUCCAUUACUCGUUUUAUUCAUAUAUUUGAUCGAAAUGAUUGUGACAAACUGGAUGGAAAUCUCUACAAUUUGAGAUAUAUUUACAUAUAAACAGAAAUUAAAAUCAACGGCACUUGUCAGAAGUUACAAGUGAAGAAAAGGAAAAAGCA